AUGGAGGCUGUACUGCUUCAGAGACAGCCUCGUGGACGUGGCAGAGUGGCUGCGGAGUGCACCGCCUCCGAGCUUCGCACCGUGGGGCGACCGGCGGUCGUCCCGGUGGGAGGAGCCGCCAACGGCCAGGUCCCCCACUCCAAUAAUCAGGGCCUUCACGGCAACGGCCAGGUCCCCCACGCCAAUGGCCAGGUUCCCAACGCCAACGGUCAGGUCCCCAACGCCAACGGCCAGGUCCCCCACGCCAACGGCCAGGUUUCCUACGCCAACGGACAGGUCCCCCCCGCCAACGGACGGGUCCCCCACGCCAACGGACAGGUCCACUACGCUAACGGCGCCCCCCCUCAGCCAUCGUUCGCACAAGUCAUCUCGAAGAAGGUCGGCGUCGCGGCGGCAGUGCCGCCGUUCUCAGCGCAGCUCCUGCCUUGCACCACGGCUGCUGCUAUAGUGCCACCUACACUUACCAUGAACGGCGUGACCCACGGCGUUGUCGUAGGCGCCACAGCCGACGGGCCCUGCUGCGUGCCUCCCACUGAGGAGGGGUCGAUACGUGACUCCCCGCCACUGCCCCAGGUGCCCGGUGACGUGCACCCAAACAUCAUAUGCGGACCCAGGCAGAGGUCCAGCGACGAGCUCCGCCUACAGGAGAUCCAAAAGACACUACCGUCCCACUUCCCGCGUCGACCCGCCCAGGGAAAGCUCGGCCGCCCCAUCCAGCUCAUGGCCAACCACUUUUCCGUCGAGAUUCCGGCGGGCAACGUGUAUCACUAUGACGUUGAGAUCUUCUCCGAGAACAACAAAGAGGCGAAGAUACCGGAAAAGCGCAAGUACCGCUGCAUUAGCACAAAGAUCAACAGACUUGUCAUUGAACAGCUAGUCAAGAAGUACCGCCUAGACUUGAGCAACUGCGUGCCGGCAUUUGACGGCCGAAAGAACCUCUACACGCGUCGGGAGCUCAAGUUCCGCGAGCGGACCUUCGCGGUAGAGCUCGAGGAAGACCAGAGGGUGCAGAAGUUCGUCGUCAAGAUCCAGUACGCAGCCACCGUGAACCUGGACGCCCUGCACGCAGUCUUCGAGAACAAGGUCAACACCGUUCCGCAGGAGGUCCUGCAAGCCGUCGACAUUGUUCUGCGUCACGGCCCUUCCAUCAGAUUAACUCCCGUCGGCCGCUCCUUCUUCAAGCCGCCGCUUCCGAACCAGGCGCACUCUCUUGGGGGCGGUCGCGAAGUGUGGUUCGGCUACUACACCAGCGUGCGACCGGCUCAGUGGAAGCCCAUGCUGAACGUGGACAUGUCGGCCACCGCGUUCUACGAACCGCAGCCGGUUAUAUCGUUCAUGUGCAAGAUAUUGAGCGACGGACGCCGCGAGAUGACCGCGGCCGACUUCCGCGACCUCCGUGACUUUCAGAAUGUUCGGCUCAACAAGGAACUCAAGGGUCUGCGUAUCAAGGUGACCCACCUGCCCUACCCUCGGAAGUACAAGGUUGUCCGGGUCACCAAGGAGCCCGCCAAGAGGCUGUUCUUUGACAUGGAGGACGGCUCCCGUUGCUCGGUGGCUGACUACUUCCAGAACCGCUAUGGCCGCCUAGUUUAUCCGAACCUGCCCUGCAUUCAGGUCGGAAACCUCGCGCACCCCGUCUACCUGCCCUUCGAGGUGUGCGAAAUCGUCGAAGGCCAGCACUGCCGGAAGAAACUGGACGAGAACCAGACCUCGGAGAUGAUCAAGCGAACCGCUCAGCCUCCGGCCAAGCGCUUCAACGAGAUUCGCCAGUCCGUCCGGGACCUGGUCGGCAGUAACGACCAGUGCCUGCGCGAGUUCAACAUUAAGAUCAGCACCGAGCCGACUCAGCUGAAAGGGCGGGUGCUCGAGCCGCCGUCCCUGGUAUUCGAGAACAACGCCGUGACCAAGCCUCGUGAGGGCACCUGGGAGCUGCGCGGCAAACACUUCUUUAAGGCGGCCUCACUGACGCGCUGGACGCUGCUCAACCUGAGCCGCUUUGCUCAGCGGGACAGUCUGGACAAUUUUGUCAAGUUGCUGGUGCGCACGGGCAACGAGCUCGGCAUGCGCAUCGAGCAGCCGGUGGACAUCAGCUCGGCCGACACGAACCGCAAGCCGAUCAGCACCAUGCUGCUUGAGGAGCAGCGCAAGGUCCCCAACAUCGAGAUGGUCAUCAUCGUCCUGACCAAGAGCACGAACUACGCCGAGAUCAAGCAGGUGGCCGAGACAGAGAUCGGCCUGCGCACCCAGUGUGUCAUAGACAACAACGUCAUCAAGAAGUGCAACCCGGCGCUGGUCACCAACCUGUGCCAGAAAAUGAACGCCAAGCUGGGCGGCACCAAUAACAGCCUCCUGUCCCAGGAGAAGCCGGCUAUCUUCCUGAAGCCCAUCAUCAUUAUCGGAGCAGACGUCACUCACCCGGCGCCCGGGGACAAGCACCGCCCCUCCAUCGCUGCCUGCGUUGGCAGCCUGGACUCGAUCCCGUCCAGGUUCCACUCUUCCAUUCGUGUCCAGAUGGAGGACUCGACGGCCACGUCUCGUGUGGAGAUCAUCAGAGACCUGAAGGACAUGAUGAAGGAACUGCUCAAGGCCUUUUACCGGGCCACCAAGCACAAGCCUGAGCGCAUCAUCUUCUAUCGGGACGGAGUGAGCGAGGGGCAGUUCAUGGAGGUCCGCAACCGGGAGGUGAGCGCCAUCCGGCUUGCCUGCCAGGAGAUGUCUCCCAACGAGACGUACGAGCCGGCCCUCACUUUCAUCGUCGUGCAGAAGCGACACCACACCCGGUUCAUGCCCGCCAACGACCGCGACGGUGUCGGCAAGUGCAAAAACGUCCCGCCCGGCACCACCGUCGACUCCGUGGUCACUCACCCGCUGGACUUCGAUUUCUUCUUGUGCAGCCACUUCGGCAUACAGGGCACGAGCAAGCCGUCCCACUACUACAUCGUGUGGGACGACUCCGACUUCUCGGCGGAUGACCUGCAGAAGCUGAGCUUCUACCUCUGCCACACGUAUGCCCGGUGCUCGCGCAGCGUCAGCAUCCCGGCUCCGGUGUACUACGCCCACCUGGCCGCGUACCGCGCCAAGAACCACGUGAUCAGCAAGGUUGACGUCUCCAGCUCGAGCAGUGACUCGUCCGGCGGAUCGGCCGACUCGAUCACCACCAGCCAGUACGUGCAGGCCGUCAAGGUUCUCGACAACCUGCAGACGGCCAUGUACUUCGUAUGACCGUCGUCCUCGGGUUCCCGG